UAUGCUCAGUCUGUGCUCAUAACCAAUCAGCAAGAUGUCGCGGUCAUAUGACCGAACAAAGAUGGCUGCGCUGUGAACAGACGGAAGGAAGGGUGGGGAAGAGCUUUAUUAUUUUUCGUUCGCCAACUGCAGAUAUUGUACACUGUGAGAGAUGGCUUCUGGGACUGCAUUGGUGUACGACGAGGAGAUGACCCGCUACAAACUUCUUUGGGUCGAUCCAGUGUGUAAGAUCGAGGUUCCGGAGCGUCUGACGGUGAGCCACGCAGCUCUGCAGCAGCAAGGUCUGGCCGAGCGCUGUGUACCGCUUCCUGUCCGAGAGGCCACAGAGGAGGACAUUCUUCUCGCUCACAGCGAAGAGUACCUUGAGGCUGUGAAGAAAACUCCCUUCAUGAGCCUGGAGGAUUUGAUGACUUUCACGCAGCAGUACGGAGAUGUGUACUUCCACCCGAACAUCUACCACUGCGCCAAGCUGGCCAUCGGGGCUGCCCUGCAGCUGGUGGACAGUGUGAUGACGGGCCAGGUGAGGAACGGCAUGGCUUUAGUCAGGCCCCCCGGGCACCACAGCCAGCGGAGCGAAGCCAACGGCUUCUGCGUUUUCAACAACGUGGCCAUCGCCGCGCGUUACGCUCAGAAACGCUACGACGUCAAAAGAGUGCUGAUAGUGGACUGGGAUGUGCAUCACGGACAGGGUCUGCAGUACUGUUUCGAGGAGGACCCCAGCGUGCUGUACUUCUCCUGGCACCGUUACGAGCACCAGAGUUUCUGGCCCAACCUGCGCGAUUCCGACUACGACCGCGUGGGGAAGGCCGGAGGAGCCGGGUUCAACGUCAACCUGCCCUGGAACAAAGUCGGUAUGGACAACAACGAUUACCUCGCCGCUUUCUUUCACGUCGUCCUGCCUGUGGCCUAUGAGUUCUGCCCGGAGCUGGUCUUGGUGUCGGCCGGAUUCGACUCGGCCAUCGGAGACCCAGAGGGUCACAUGAGCGCCACUCCAGACAUCUUUGCACACCUCACCCACUUGCUAAUGCCCCUGGCCGGAGGGAAGCUCUGUCUCGUACUGGAGGGUGGGUACAAUUUGACCUCUCUCGCCCAAUCGGUAUGCCAAACUGUGCAGACUCUGUUAGGAGACCCUAACCCCAGGCCAUCAGGACUGAGUGCACCUUGUGAGAGUGCUCUGGAGUCCAUUCAGUGCGUUAGAGCCGCACAUCGGCAGUACUGGGGCUGCUUCAAACACGCAGAGGACCUGGUCCUGGAGCCCAGCACUAAGCGGCGUAAGCAGGAGGCGGGCGGGGAGGAGGCGUCGGAGCAGAGCGGGCCGGAGGAGCGGGAGGGGGAGGAGGCGGCGUGGGCGGAACCCCCGCCCCGCCCGGCUCCGCCCGUCAGGACGGCGGCCGCGGUUCCUCCAGAGGCGGAGCGCCGGCUCCCAGAGACCUGCCUGCGGGUGACGGGCUCAUCGCCCGAGGAUGCUGGGAAACGGCUGAGGAACGUGGAUCCGGCCGGAUCGGCUGACGAGGCUGUCCCGCAGUCGCUUGGGAAUGCGUUUGAGCUUUUGGAUAAAAUAGUGACUAAAAAGGUGCGGAACGGCCUGGCCGCGGUCCCCGACGCGCACGCCGCGGCGUCCCGCGUCGUCCGGCGAGCUCUGGCGUCAUUCGCCGACAGAGUUUUGUUGGUUUAUCUGGGCGACGGUGAGGUCCCAGUGGAGGUCAGGGACGACGGCCGGCUCCUGGUUGUGCAGAUAAGUAGCAAAGAGGUGGAGCAGAGGAAGUCCCAGUACCAUGUUCCUGUGUGCCUCAGGAAGGCCACGCGGAGCGCGACGACGUUCCUGCACGCCGUCCUGAGUCUGGCGCUGCCCCUGGCGUACGGGUUCGACCCCGGCCUGGUGCUGCUGGGCGCGGGCGCGGGCGCCGUGGCGAGCGGGGCCGAGUGGGCGCUGCUCGCCCACCUGUUCCAGGGCGUGGCGUGUGGACGGACCCUGGCGCUCUUACAGCUGGACUGUGGAGAGGAGCUUCUCGAGGCCGCUGCCUGCUCUCUGCUGGGGGGCCCUGUGCCCACCCUGGGGCCCCUGGGAGCCCCGGCCCCGGAGCCCAUGGAGGAGGUGGAGAGACUCAGGCGCAGGCUGCAGGCGGAAUGGGGACUGCUCAGGACCACAGCAAAGGGCAGGGGCCCAGAGGACGGACACCAACCGUCCGUUUAGCCGCGCCGACCGCCGUGUGUCUACAAUCAAACGACGCGGAGAACGGAGGCAAGAGCGCUCACUCACCGUUGGGGGGGCCACACUUUGCAUCUCAUAUGCCAAGCGGUUCGGGGUAAAGGCCUCUCCACUCAUUAUCAUUAACUGCACAAAUCAAACAAAAUUGCCAGGUAAUGCAAACAUUUACACUUCAUUGCACAGACUACAUUCGCUGACCGUACGUCACAAACGCCCAUCUCUCGCAGUUGUUCACAGGCAAACGAGGACACUGGAAACAAAGAGGACCAGUCAUUUUUACAUAAAUUAAAUUCUUAGUCAAUUAAAUGAGCUAGGAGUAACUGUUCUUUAUAUGUGCACCAGCUGGUUGUGACUAUAAAGGGAACUCAGUAGAAAAAAUCUUAUAUUUUUACAAUCCCUGUUUUUAUCUGCAAACCAAAAAUCCUAUUUUUCUCUUCAGUUUCUGUAAUAAAAUAACUAGUCAAAUCCA